AUGAAAUAUUCAACGAAAAGCGAUGUAUGGAGUUUUGGUGUCGUUCUAUAUGAGAUUUGCACAAUUGGCGCCGAACCUUAUCCAGGAAUAAGUCCAUAUAAGCUUCCAAGCGUGUUACAAAAAGGAUACAGAAUUCCAAAACCAGAGUAUUUCAAGGAUGAGCUGUAUGAUAUCAUGAUGAAAUGCUGGGAAAUGGAACCUGAAGACAGGCCAUCAUUUGAUUCACUGUGUACUUCUAUCAGAAGAUUAGAGAUGUGCUCCAAUCAGGUACGAAUUCGUUUUUGAAUUUAAUUUACAGUCAUGUAAUGCGGAAGCAUUUUGGACUAAGUCAAAGCUUAAAUCAUUGGUAAAAAGCCUGAUUGUUUCACGCCGUAUCAUAUUUUUACAAACGUCUUCCCAAAAAAGUUAGGCGUUAAAAUGUAAAUCGUUUGUUCCCGUAUCAGUGGACCUUAGAAAAGGUUUCCGUACAAAGUCCACCGUUUACUGUGAGCUGCAGUCUGCGUACGUCUAGUCAGUAAUCAAGCGAAGCCUUUUUAGCAGAUACGGAUGAACGUGACAGUGUCGACAACAAAAACGAUCCAUAACCAGUUGUGUGGACGAGGAACGUUACGAAUAGUCCCAAAAAUCUUUCAACUCCAAUGGCAUCUGGGUUAUAAAAACUGGCAAAGAAUAAAUCUAUAGUAAUUCUGUAACAUUUGAGUCAUUUCAAGUUUCGUUGUUGUAUUUGACAUUUUAUACAAAAUCCGAUUCGAAAGAAGUCAGCG